AACACAGCCAGCGAAUUCGCUGGAGCACAUGAAAUCGCUGUGUCGCUAGGACAAAAUUUUCAAAAUGGCGUCACUAGAAGAAGCACUUAUAAAUUCUUUUCGCGCGUAUCCUGCUCUUUACGACAUAUCUUUAAAAGACUAUAAAGAUGAAAAAUUGAAGGCAAAUAUCUGGCAAAAGAUAGCCGAAGAAAUGCGUGCAAUCGGUUUUGAUUUCUCAGGUAAAUCGUCAUUUCGCAAAACAUGUUUUCUUAUCUCACAAUAUUUUUUGUCAGUAUCGUCUGACCCAGUCAAAUAAAUGUUUAUUUUUCUCUUAUUAAGCAAACGAACUAAAAGGUAAAAUGAAGAAUUUGCGAGACACAUAUAGGCGAUGCAAAAAGAAGCAUGAUGCAGCUAUCAAAUCUGGUGCUCCUGCUUCCUCAACACCAAACUGGGAGUUUUGGUCUAUUAUGACCUGGCUGGAUGAUUACGCAAAACGACGCCAGACAAUCUCGAAUGUUGUUAUCCCUGUGGAAGACCAACUUACGUCUUCUCAAAUCCAGGAAGACUCUGAGGAGAUAGCUGAGAGUGUGCUUGCUGACAGUCCAUCAAGCCAAUCAACAAAUUUGUCCAGCACAUUUGAAAUUGUACGAUGCAAGAAGAGGAAGGCUGAAGACAUGUCACCAUAUCAAACAAAGUUGAUUGGGUAUCUAGAAACUCUUCACAAAAAACAAGUUAAAGAGCCAGAGAGUCAAGAUGAAUAUGACUUUUUCGUAUUUCCCGCUAAAAUUCUCUCUAGGGGGACUGGUACGUGCUUAAAAUCAAGUCGCUUUGCCUGUUGCGCUAGCGACAGUGUGUCUGUUAUCAUUUUUCGUGUCGCUUCUAUGGCGCGCCAAAAUGGACAAUAUUACCAAAAUCGAAAAUAUUUAUAACGAAACACAUUAUCGUAUGUCGAAAACAAUA